ACCUUUUAACGAACGCCUUCCCAGAACUUAGCUAACCCUAACUCUAAACCCUUCUAAUCCCAAUUCCCAUUUCAUCAUUUCCAUAUGAAAGCCACGGUCUUUUUAUAUCAUUAGAAAUUUCAAUUUCGAUCUUUUUUCUUCAAAGAAGAAAUGGCUUCGGGUUUGCACCAAUGGGAAUCAGACCCUCUUUUUUCAGCAGCUGAAGUUGUUCAAGAUUCCGCUGACAGGAUGGAAUCGAUUUUCCGGUUUCUUCUGCAUGAGCUGGGUCUUGUUCAAGAUGACUUUCCGGACCCAAAGUUGCAUGCUUCGAUAGAUUAUCAUAAACGUGAGCUUGCAACAACACUUGAAACGGCAAAGUGGCAGUUGGAAGAUUUUGAAAGAGCAGUCAGCUUUUCGGCUAUGACAGGCAAAUCCCAUAUAAGGGGGGAUGUAAUUUCAAGGCACAAGCAAUUUAUCAGAGCCAUUAGGGAACAAAUAGCUUAUGUGGAGAAGAGCCUGGAGGGGAAAUCAAUAGGAGAGCUAGUGAGAAAUACAGAAUGGGUCAAGUUAAAUGAACAAGAUAGAGAUGGGCUGGCAUUGUUUCUUUCGGGGGGAAAUUUCAAACAGCACUCUGAUUCUUAUGAUGGAGAAGACAGUAAUAUCCUGAGAAGUUUUUUUGAUCCAACCACAUCAUCUAGUGCUAAAGACAGUACUUCUGGGAUUGUUGAGCAGAAAAGCAAAGAAGUUGAGACUUUUAGUAGGAAUGGAGUAGUGCAUGUGGACCAUAAUAUUAAUUCUAGGAAGGAGAACUACUUGAGGAAAGUUAGUUCUUCUCCUAAUACGAGGUCAGGUUUUGAAUUUACAGAGACCUCUUGUAAUAGAAAUCGUGAAGGUGGUAGUUGGGAUCUGGAGGCUGAUGAAGCCAAAGCAGAAAGCUUCUUAUGCAAGAACAAGUUGAGAGGUGUCUGGAGCAGAAUAAAUCCAUAUAGGUACUUGAGUAACAUAUGGACUCUAUAUGGGAGUAGGGUCACUAGGAAUUAUACAAAGAGAUUUAAAGAUGGAGAAGAACAAAGUCAUUCACCAUCAUCUGUUGAUGUAACUCAUGCUCCCCAGGGCCAUCAGUGGAUGUGGGUAGCCAAUGGUUACGGAAAUUUCAAUGUAUUACUGGUGCAGUUUCGAACAAAGAUUAUGCAUUUGCAGACCUGGGUUGGUGUAAUUAGGGCAAGAUACCAAAGAUCACCUUAUCGCAUCCAAGUCCAGAGAUAUGCUGUUCUGUUGGUUUUGAUAAUUGUAUUGGGGAUCUUUACGUUUGGUACUUUGGUGUCUCAUCUUGUUUAAACAUUGGUUUGUCGGGUCUGUACACUCUAGGGUCUUCUUUGUCAGUUCAGUCAUGGGAUUGACUACUAUUUCCAGCAUCCGACUGUUGUAACUUGUUUAGAUGCAGUUACCCACAUCAGUCCUCAAAGGAAGUGUGAAUUCAUGGGGCAUUUGAUAUAUGUAAAUA